AAUAUUUGGUUCCGGCAACGAUGGACUCGUCCCAUCCGCCAUUGGGUCACAUCGAGAUCGUCACAGUUCUUCGAUCGACGUCCACUCCGCCACAUCGCGUAGCUCGCCAUAGACGUUUGCCGUGCCGGUCAUGUGAAAACGGUUCGAUAUAAUAAUAUAAUAUUAUCACCACCGGUUCAUACACCAAAUUCUUCCGUCACGUCUACUGCCACCGAGCAGUGUAUUGCAUACAAUUUUUAAAACCACAAUCGCGUCCGAUUUCCAACCACCGUCGGUCACCAUCACCAUGAUCCGGUUACCGUUCAACGCCGCGCUGUUGUUGGCCCUGCUCCUGGUCGGGCCCGCGAUCACGUCCUCGGUGGACAGCAACGGCGUGGACGACGGCGAGGAGAACCCGUUCCUGGAAGCGGCCAAGUCGCUGCUGCAAGACUCGCUGGCCAGCGGACAAGGCGGCGGCGCCGGCGGCUUGGGCUCCGUGCUCCAGUCGUUCAUGCAGACGGAGGGCGCCAAGUCCGGACUAGGAUCGAUCGUUUCCGGUCUGGCGGCCGCCAAGGGUUCCGUCGACCCGCAGAUGAUCGGCCAGCUCGUCGGCAUGUUCGCCGGCGGUGCGGCUGCGGACAAAUCUUCGUCCGGCAACGACGACGGGCCCGGCGUGGACUGGAGCUCUAUGAUUGACUUGGCUUCCGGAUUUAUGUCGUCGACGGCGGGCGCAGGCGGUCUCCAGGGUUCGUCGAUCGAGGGUUUCAUGAACGUACUUCCGGUGCUGGUGAACGCGUUCAGUGGCGGUCACAAGCAUUCCGACGACCCAGAAGUGGAGGAUUUCGAAGAACACGAGCGACACGCCAGGGCCUCGACCUUCCUGCCGCCGUUCCUGAGCAGCGCGUACGUGUACUGGGAACAUUUCAAAAACAGCGAGCUGGGCACGACCUUGUGGAAGAACAGCGGUCUGGGCAGCAUCUUGAAGCUGUUCAUCGACAGGGACGGUCACUUCCAGGUGGACAAGAUAUUUGAGUCCAUGGAAAACGCCACGUUUAGAAGGCGGUGGGUCAGGAGUCUGACCAGUUUCGUCGCCGAAUGGAUCAAACACGUCUCCGACCCGAAUACACAGGCCAGAUAUUUGUCGACGACACAAUUUAUCAUGAAUGGGUUCUUAAAGUCUCAAGGUUAUUCUAAAGCAGCUCAAUUCGAUCCAGCUAGACCAGCAGAAUCGCUGAGUUUCCUGGCCGACGCGGUGUUUAAACGACAGUUUGGACUCAAAGUAAAUUCGGCCACGUACAUCAAACCUGCGAUAGCAUACUUACAAGAAGUGUUUAGGUUGGGCCAAAGCAAAGGAUUGAGCUUGCAACAUUUAACUUCCAAGGAAAUCGAAGAAAAACUAUCGGAAUUGUUGAAUCACGAAAUAAUUGACCCGGUACUCAGAGUGUGGAGGGUGUACAGGUUCGUGGGCAAGAAACCAGAAUGCGAUCGUUACUUGGUGUGCAGCAUUAAUCGUAAAGGACAAUAUCCAGACAGCAAAACAGGACUCAAACCUGGUGUCACUAAACUGUCCAGUUUAAUCGCUUCUUGGUUCUUGUCUGGCCAAACGGGAACGCCGUUCUGGAAACUUUACAACGCUGCAACCGAAGACCACAACUGUGCGACUAAAUACUCGGCCAAUUGUCAAGAAUUUCACGAAGAAGAUUUGAAAGCUACGACUGAAUAUUUCCACAACGAACUCUAAGUGUAAAAAAAAAAAUUAGAAAAAAAUAUCGAUAAUUGCGGAUAUACAUUAUGGAUAGUUUCAAAGGCUGUUUCAUCAAUUUCGGUUUUUGAACAUUUUAUAUAUAAUAUGUAUUUUAACUCUAAACGGGGUGUACACUAGGUACUCGGGUACUUAAACCUAGUUUAAGCCACCAUUGAUAUACUACCUUAAUUUUGUUUUAUAAAUUUUUUUUAUAUAUAUAAUAUUAUGUAUACAAUAACUAAAUUAUUUUUAGCAUACGAUUUAUUGUUAGGUAUUUUUUUUUUUUUUUUUGCAGAACGAAAUAUAACUGCAAUCCACUUUGUAUAGGUAUUUUACCAACCCAAAAAAUAUUUUAAUAGGGGACAUUUUAAUAAUACCUUUUAUGGAAGUGUAGAUGGAACUCUAAUGAUAUAUUUUGUAAUAAUAUAAAUAUAAAGAGUUCCAAACAAACAAUUAUGUCUUUCGUACUAGAUCCAAGUACCGUUAGUUGAUAAUACACCGUCCUAACUGCAAAAAAAGCUAACUCAAUAUUAUAUUAUCGAUAAAGUGUAUUGGUACAUUAAUAUUAUGAAUAGCUUCAUAAAAUAUUUAAUUGAUAUUGUAAUUCGUUUUCUACAAUAUACGCGUCAAUUUAUUUGUG